AUGCAAAGCUUUGUAGGUAGACUGAGUGCUAUGGCAGGGUAAAAAUCGAGUUCGGUGGGUCCAUAGAGUGCAUACUGACGGGAGCAAACAAAGGAUCACGGGGCGCGAUAAGAUUAGAUUACGUAGCCCCGCGAUCAAACCUUGGCCGACCAAUGUCCUUCACCUUUUCUCACCGCGCCGCCAUGGUCAACUCUGCAAUCUCCUCGGAUCCUCUGAGUUCUCCAUCACCGUCGCCCGAGCCACCCUCCGGACCCUCGAAACCACCUGAGAUACGACGAGAAAUCCCCAUGUCAUCGGAGGCGCCUCACGGCAGGGGCGGGGACAACGAUUCCGAGCUCUCUGAGCUCACGGAGGACGAGCAAGACCGCCGCUCGCAGUCGAAGAAGAGGGCUUCCGUCCAUCAGCCAUCAGUGUCGAGCGUGAAGCCCUCGUCCAGGAAGCGCGCGCCCGCAGCCGACGAUGACGACAAGGAGUAUGAGACUGAGGAAGAGCAGGAUACGCGUCGCAAUGACAAGGGUGGCGAUGAAGACGACGCUAUGCAGGAGGAUGAGGACGGCGCCGACGACGACGCGGACGACUCGGCCAAGUCGUCCGGAAAGGAAACCGAUCGGACGAAAGACCUUGUCAAGGGCCGUCGUGUUCCCAAUCGCCCCCCGCGCCCCCGCAGCAAGAAACGCAACUCUAUCGUCCCCGCGCCGAUGUGGGGCUGGGCCACCAAGAACGACGAGGAGGAUGAGGUAGAGGAGGGCGAGCAGCCCGAGGAAGAGGAGGAAGAGGGCGAGGUUGGCGAGGACGACAACGAGCGCGAAGAGCCCGAGCCCGAAGAAGACACCGCGCCACCGUCGGCGAGGAUGCCACCACCCCCGGCUACGAACGCCGACGACUUCCUUCGUCAGGAGAUCGAGAAGCGCCAGGCGGACAUCAACAAUAGCCGUGAGACCCCGAAGGUGCCGGCCAAGCCGUCCGUCGAGUCGGAGGAUGAGGAUGAAAUGGAGGAAGGCGAAAUCGAAGAGGGAGAUGAAUCCGACAACGACGAGGACGUGGGCGUCGCUGCACCGCGCACGGCCCCCCUAAUGGCCGCGUCGUCAAUCAUGGCGGGGUCCACCGUUGUCGGUUCGACACUUAUGGACGACGGCGGCAGCGACGAAGAGGAGGAAGAGGGGGAAAAGGAGGACGAAGAUAAGGACUCUGACGACGACGAGGCCAAAGACAAGGGCAAGGACGAGGAUAUGGACAUCGACGAAGACGACACGCCCCCGGCCAAGUCGAACAAGGAGGCCCCCGUUCCAACUUCGACUAAACCCAUCUCGAAGAAGAAGGAAAUUGUCGACGAAACGCCUGUUAAGGAUGGCCGGAGGUCCCGCAUCAUCAAACCUGCUUCGGCCCAAGAACAGUCCCGCGAACCCAGCCCCGACGCUGCCAGCGCCGCCGAGGACGAUGCACUCGAACAAGACCAAGAAGACGAAACUGAAAUACAGCCUGCUCAUCGCGCCGAGGCCCUUGACACCCUUGCCAUCAUAGAACUCAAGUUCGCCCUGCUUCGCGAGAAUGUCUACGUCGAGAAGAUGGACAAUUUGGCGUGGGAAGAGGCGCUCGUCAAUGAUGGGACGCAUCCUGAGAUGCUUCACAUGCAAUCUGAACUAACAAAGCGCCGUGAUACUCGCAUGCGACUAGCAGACGCUCGCCAGGAGGUUGAGACUCAAGCCGUGCAGAGGAAGCGCGCGCACGAUGAAAUGGCCAUUUGGAGUUGGUGGCAGUUUGAACGUGAUCAACUUCAGACGGACAUGAUCUCCGAGACGAACCGUAAACGCCGCCGUCUGGAAAGAGAUCGACGCACCCUGGAGCGGCCCCCUCCCAGUGCGUCCAUCAUUGAUAUACACAUAUCACGCGUAUUCACACUUCCAUAGCGCGCCGCAUGCCUCUGCCGCCUCCUGAAAUCGGCAUGCCCACUGUGCCCCUGCUACGGAAGACAAUUGAGUCUGCGACACCCACUAGCGCCAUCACAAACAAGCGCAAGCGCUCAAAGCACAGCAGCCAGCCCGGCGUC